AGCCAGGGAAAAGCAAGAUUGUAACAUCAACAGUAGUAGUGGAAUACCUGUCAUGUUACUGGCACUGAGUGUUUUGCUGCUUAUAUUCCCUGCGACUCUUUCUGCUCCAGUCAGAGAUGGCUGUACCACAGGCAAAAACAAACUACUACUAAUCAGCUUUGAUGGGUUCAGGUGGGACUACGACCGAGAUGUGGACACCCCAAACCUGGACAAAAUGGCUGAGGAAGGAGUCAAGGCAGCAUAUGUCACUCCACCUUUCCUGACCAUCACUAGUCCUACACACUUCACCUUGUUAUCUGGAAGGUACAUUGAGAACCAUGGUGUGAUUCAUAACAAUUGGUUCAAUACAUCCACACAAGAGAAGAAACAAUACUACAUGACACAGUUUGUGGAUGAAUACUGGGAUAAUGGCAGUCUACCUAUUUGGAUCACCGCUCAAAGACAGGGAAAAAAAACAGGAUCUUUACACUUCCCUGGUACUGCGGCCACUUACCAGAACGAAACAAUCCAAGUGAAGGAGGUGGAACCGAGGUUUUAUGAUCACACCGAUGAGACAGCAUAGGAGAAAGUGGACAAGGUCCUGAAGGAAUGGUUUAAAGAUCAAGACUUGGAUUUUGUCACUUUGUAUUUUGGUGACCCGGACUCUACCGGCCACAAGUACGGGCCUGACUCUCCUGAGCGGCGUGAGGCGGUCAAGAAAGUGGACCGCACUGUGGGCUACAUACGAGAAACUGCUGAGAAACACGGACUCAGUGACUAUCUGAAUAUCAUCAUCACAGCUGACCAUGGCAUGAGCACCGUGUUCAAAGGAGAGGAUGUAAAAGAGAUAAUACUCAAUGACAUCCCUGGAUUCUCUUUGAAAGAUCUGAAAUUCCACAUGGUGGACUACGGACCUUUUGGGCUGCUGCUGCCCAAAGAAGGGAUGCUUGACAAGGUUUAUGAAGCCUUGAAAGGAGGACAUCCAAACCUUCACGUUUACAAGAAAGAAGACAUGCCUGCUCGACUGCAUUACUCCAAACAUCCACGCAUCCUGCCCAUCGUUCUCUAUGCAGACCCAGGAUAUGUCAUCAACGGGUUCUACGUAUUCCAGACAAAUAAAGGGGAACACGGCUAUGACAAUGAGGUCAUGGACAUGAAGCCUUUCUUCAGGGCAGUAGGACCAGAUUUCCACAGAAACUUGUUUGUUGGACCAUUUGAAACCGUUAAUGUUUACCCUCUUAUGUGCCACUUACUGGGGAUAAAGCCAGAAAUCAAUGACGGGUCACUGGAUAACACCCGACACAUGUUGAUAUCUGAUGGAGAGUCGUGUGAUUCUGGAGAUGUUCGCGAGUCGAGUCUUCAGAAUGUGUUCAAUGGUCUUGCUGCUGCUGCUGGAUUUUUAUUGCUAGUCUUUGUGGUGGUUACAUCCUACAACGGAUAUAAAAGAUGCAAAAUUACUCCAAAAGCAAAAGACAUAGGAGAUGAGCAUGAGAUGAAAGCCGACUCCAAGCAAACAUCGUUCUGAGAGGGACAACUGAUUUUUUCUUAAAAGGCUAAAGACAAAAAUUUUAAACUGCAGAAUUUCUGUAACUUUUAAGAAAGUCUAUAAUAUUGUUCAGACCUCUAACAUCAUAAAAAGGAGGUGGAUCACUAUUUAUACUAAUAUAUAUCUUUAUCUCCGAUGGAAGAGCAUAAUAUAAGUUACUUAAUAUGCCCAAAAGUUUUACUGUAUGUACAUUUGUUUUCAGUAGUCACAUAAUACAUUACCAUACCCUCAAACAGCUAGCAUUUGACCGAACUAAGUAGGUGAUGGUGGGAGAGUGCAUCAUAAAAUGCAUUAUGAAAUUAAAUAUGUUUUGGACUCAUGAAUGUGUAUCACAUGAAUGCAGCCAUAUUAGCAUGUGCGCUUCAGUUAUUGAAAGCCUGGGUCAAGAUCAUGAAAUUACCAAUACUAAUAAUGCAAGUUGAUGAAAAGCAUGUAUUUGUGUGUGUGUAAUAGCACUGAAUAUAAA